GCAUAAUUGAAACAUCGGAGCGGGGUGCUUGCUUAUCGGCAUGGACGGGUUAGACGAAACACUGCAGGACCCUCGCUUCAAGCGAGGAAUCACCUUGCUCAAGGAGAAGCGAUAUGAAGAAGCUGUCGCGCACUUCGAAGAUCUCCUUCGCACCAUGGUCGAGUCCGAGAACAAGGGCGACACGCUGCAAGUGGCUCCAGUGUACUACGAGUACGGAAACGCGUUGUUGUCUUACGCAGAGGCCACAGCGAGUGUGUUCGGCAAGGACACUGUCAAGACUGACGAAGGCGAAGAGGAGGACGAAAACGACCUCGAGGUGGCGUGGGAGAUGCUGGAAGUGUCGCGCGUGUUGCUGGCCAAGCACGAAGGUGAAGAUCCGCGUAUCGACACGGAGCUUGCCCGUGUGUAUGUGCGUCUCGGCGACUUGAGCAUGGAGUCGGAUUUGUUUUCCCAAGCCCGCAGCGACUACGAGCGCGCCAUUGCGUUACAUCAAAAGCAUUUGGUGCCGCUCCAGACUGACACGACGCCGUUGGCAGACAUCUACUGUUGUCUGGCCAUCACGUGCAUAUACGAAUACGCCAAGCAACCAGAGAUCGACGAGGACGGCGGCGAUCUAGUCGACGAAACGAAGGAGGACGACGCCACGCCGCCCACGAUGACGCAAGCCGAGCUCGAGUUAGCCGGAGUCAAGUACUACGUCCAAGCUGGGCUCGUGAUGGUGGACAACAUCUACAGACAAAGCGAAAAGUGCUCGAGCGUCGUGCAAGCGUUUGUCCAGGCGCACAUCCCACCGCCGCGGGUCAAGACGCCGUCGUCCAAGGGCAAAGCCAAAGCCAAAGUCGAUCGGGUGGAGGACCUCGUGCUCCAGUACAACAAUGGCGAGUAUGACCAAAUGCGAAAACAGUUUCUGGCCGCGGUCACGGCUGGCCGCCCCGACUUGAACCCUACGUCGGACGAUGAUAUGCGUCAACUCGAGCCCGAAGAAAAGCAAGUGCUCGACUACUUGGAGAUCUACACGGAAGUGAAAGAAAAGGUGGAUGGACUGCGGGAGAGCUACACGACGGGGCGUGCCGAAGUGGCGGCGGCACUCGCAACCACUUCGUCAGCGGCGGCGGCGACUACUGCUGAUGGCCCCGUGACUACGAUCGGGUUUGGUUCGGAAAACAAGAGCGCAGAGGUGACCGCCGUGGGCUUUGACCAAGCUACGACUUCGACACCCGAGCCGACGAAACGGGUGGCGAGUUCGACGGCCGUGAAUGUGUUGCCGGUCACCAAGAAGCGGAAAAUCGCACCCUCCUCGACAACCGAACACAAUGCGUAGAUAGUAGCAACGCUAGGGACCAUUGAUUGUAUAUCAUCUGCCUUCAAGCUGUA